UCUCCAUUCCUCUCUCUCUGAAAUCAAUAGGAACAUAUCCUCGAGGAUUAAAAGGAAAAAACAAAGUACUUCACAGGUGCACAAGGGCAAGAGCAACGAAUAUGACAGACAGUCUUUUGUAGAUCUAAGUAAAAGAAUGCAUGCAAGUGCCAACCAGCCGAUGGAAUUCUAACUCAGUACAGUAGUGGCACAAUUCCUUAACAGACUGGCUUAUUCUGAAGAGAAGCAAUGACCCCCUUCAGUCGAUGUAUUUUGAGUCCUACUGUGUACACAGCCCAGCUCUCUGCUCGGUGCUAAGGACUCAGAAAUGAAUCUAGCACCUUCCUUUGACUCAGAGGGAAUCUGGUCUAUUUCUCUCUUCUCUGUGAAGUCAUUUUAUCUCCAAGUCUUACACGAUCCUUUUGCCAUGGAGACCUAGUUGAACAAUCAUUCCUUUUUAAAGUUAGAAUGAAAUAACAUCCACUUUUUCUCUGGAUUCCAUGGAAAUGUAAACGUUCCUGUUUUGUUGUCCUUGAUAAAACAUAGCAUAAUGACUAGUUGCUGGGUUACUACAUAAAAUACAGGCCCCAAACUGCACUGGGGAAGAGAAGUUAGCAAUUAAGUAACGGAAAUGACUAGUGGGUUUGAAACCCAGCACACUGCCCAUGUACUUAAUAGUCAGGCAUCUAGGUUACUUAGGCAACGUUUAUCACUAAGGAAGUAGUUUUGGUGACUCAUACUCAUACGAAGUGACUUCUCUCAAAACUGGUGCAUUCAGGGACCUUAUCAUUAUGAAUCUCUUUUUCUUUGGACUGGGACAGAAAAAAAGUACAUUUGGAUGGCCUAGGUGUAUUACUUAGUAGCAUGUUAUUCACUGGCUGGCCCGUAUUUUGAAAGUUAAUGGACCCAUGGUGAUCAGAAUAAAAGAAUGAACAAAGAAGAAGCCGGGAACUUAAUCAGCAGAACUAAUUGCUUGCAUGAGCCUUUGCUUCCUCAGAGAAGAGUGAUCCAGAUGAUGAGGUUACGGUGAAAUAUAUUGGCACGGUUCUGAAAUUCCAAAAUCAUCUCUCUAGUGAGAAAAGGCAUGUCUUUUCUUACUAAAACAUAAAUUCAACUCAGCAUAACUUUUUUUUGUGAAAUGUGAAACUUCAGACACCGUCAUAUGUGUACAGAUAGAUGCAACUCUGAGCUUUUGCCAAAAACGUCCCUGAUUGCCUGGUGAUCAUUCUGGAGAGAGGAUGUACAUACAAUAUGAAUUUGGACUUGUAAUUAGAAGAUCAUAAAGCUGUGUGCCUGCACACGUGGUGGCCGCCAUUGAUGUAAACCAUGUCGCUAAUGAAGUGUACAAGUAUAAUUUUCCUCACACACAGUUACUGGCCAAGACAAUUGAAGGCAUUACAUUAGAAGAGUUUGACAGAUUAUCUUUUAAUAUGAUUUUAAUGAGCCCUCCCUGUCAGCCAUUUACAAGAAUUGGUGUACAAGGUGAUGUGACUGAUCCAAGGACAAAUAGCUUCUUAUAUAUUCUAGAUAUUCUCCCAAGAUUACAAAAAUUACCGAAGUAUAUUAUUCUAGAAAAUGUUAAAGGUUUUGAAGUAUCUUCUACAAGAGACCUGUUAAUAAAAACAAUAGAAAACUGUGGCUUUCAGUACCAAGAAUUCCUAUUAUCACCAACCUCUCUUGGCAUUCCAAAUUCAAGGCUACGGUAUUUCCUUACUGCAAAGCUUCAGUCAGAACCAUUGCCUUUUCAAGCCCCUGGUCAGGUAUUGAUGGAGUUUCCCCAGAUUGAAUCUGAACAUCCUCAAAAAUAUGCAGUAGAUGCAGAAAAUAAAAUUGAAGGAAAGAAAAUUGAACCAAAUGUUUGCUUUGAUAGCAGCAGACAGUGUUCUGGAAAAGAAGCCAUUCUUUUUAAGCUUGAAACUGCAGAAGAAAUUGACCGGAAACAUCAACAGGACAGUGAUCUCUCUGUGCAAAUGCUGAAAGAUUUUCUUGAAGAUGACGCUGACAUGAAUCAGUACUUUCUACCACCAAAGCCAUUGCUGCGAUACGCUCUUUUGUUAGACAUUGUUAAGCCCACUUGCAGAAGGUCCAUGUGCUUUACAAAAGGUUAUGGAAGGUACAUAGAAGGGACAGGAUCCGUGCUACAGACCACAGAGGAUGUGCAGGUUGAGGAUAUCUACAAAUCUCUUACCAGUUUGUCACAAGAAGAAAAGAUAACCAAAUUGUUAAUGCUUAAACUUCGAUAUUUCACUCCUAAAGAAAUAGCAAAUCUCCUUGGAUUUCCUCCAGAGUUUGGAUUUCCUGAAAAUAUAACAGUGAAGCAGCGUUAUCGUCUACUUGGAAAUAGUCUCAACGUUCAUGUCGUAGCUAAAUUAAUCAAAGUCCUGUAUGGAUCAUUUUAAAGUGACUAAAAGAUGGUUACAGUAUUUCUUCAUAUCCAGACAGUGAUUCUGAAAGUCUUAUUUGAAUUAAUUUUGAUGAACUUCAACUAAAUUACCUUAAUCUCUCUUUAAUAAGAAAUUUGA